AUGUGGAAUGCACAAGGAUGUGGCCACUGGAAUUUUAAUCGCGUUGCUCGACAAUAUUUAGAUCAUUCACCGGAUAUUGUAGGCUUCGUUGAAACCCGUAUAAGCAGUCAUGCGGCUGAUAAAGCUAUUGCUCAACUCAAAAUUCUGAACUCUUUUAGAGUAGAAGCUGAUGGUUUUUCUGAAGGCAUUUGGAUCUGUUGGUAUGAUCACAUUCAAGUAGAUGUUCUAUUCAGUCAUUUUCAAUUUGUCCACUGCUGGAUCCACUGUAAGUCUAACAAUCGUUCCGUUCUUGCUACCAUUGUUUAUGCUAGUCCGAAUCCUACUAAAAGGAGAGCUCUUUGGAAGUACCUUCACUUGCUCUCCAAUCAUAUUAACGAGCCUUGGAUUGUCUUAGGCGAUUUCAAUGCCGCAUUGUCUCCUAAUGAUCGUAAAGGCUGUGAUCCAUCUUCAGACCACGACUUUAGUAAUGUUGUUUUUUAUUCAAGUCUUUAUGAUCUUAGAUAUCAAGGACCAGACUUUACUUGGUAUAGAGGUCCUGGUGCAGUUCACCUCGACCGAUGUUUAUGCAAUGAUAAAUGGCUGGUCGCAUAUCCUGACACAUUGGUUUACCAUCUCCUUAGAAUGAAGUCUGACCAUAGACAUCUCUUAUUAUCUAUUGGUAAAAACCCCAAUAAGCGACAGCAAGGUCAAUUCUAUUACUUUUCCAGAUGA